AUGUCGAGCGCGGUGAGCCCACCAGGUAUCGCCGGGAUAAAGCAACUAUGCAAGGAUAUACAGUUUUGGGUCUCGCCUUGGUCUGGUGACGAGCACCUAGCCCUUUACCAAGAGAUCAACAAUCUUAUAGACCAAGUAGAUCCUGCCGUUGUAGUGUUAGAUACGCUGCUUCGGCCGGCGAUUGACGCGACACGAGACCGCAACUGGCAACACAUGAUAAUGUCGCCCAACACGGUGAUUGAUAACUUCCCCAUGGAACAGCCGUGGGGCGCUAUGUUCUGGAAGUACCCGGCCAUGGGCUCAGGCCUCCCCUUUCCUGUACCUUGGCUCAAGAUACCCGAGAAUAUCUACCUGAACAUCCGCUUCAUUUAUUCGGUGCUUUUCAUGCCGGAUGUAAAGGUGAAGCGGGAUUUUCUCAAAUCCAAAGGACUGAAGGAUCCGAUAAACUUUUAUGCCCUCUACCGUCCCGAUGUGCCUUGGCUUACACAAACCUUGCCCGAAGCCUCGCGGCCUGUGGAUAUGGUACCCGUCAACGUAACCUGUACUGGUCCAAUAUCCUUAUCGUUAGGUAUGGUUGCUGAGCAGGACGAAGACCUCGCUCGAUGGCUAGCAAACGCUCCAACGGUCCUCAUCAAUCUUGGCAGCGGCUUCAUCAACCCGAAACUUCAAAUACUAUGGAAGUUUCGAACUGAGGAGGAUGGAUUGAGGGAGUACAACGUCACCGUAAAACCCUACAGCGAUGAUUUCAAGGUUGAGAUCCUCCCUUUCCUUGAGAAUGGCCGACUGAAGAUGGAGAGGUGGCUGGUCGCGGACCCAACAUCUCUUUUAGAGUCCGGCCAUAUCGUCGCUUCAGUCCAUCACGGUGGCACAGGAUGCUACCAUGAGGCCGUAGGGGCUGGUAUACCGCAGGUGAUUCUACCCCAGUGGCUGGACUUGUACAACUUUGCACAAAUGUCCGAAGAUCUUAAUAUUGGCACUUGGGGAUGCCGGGAGCUUAGUCCGCAAUGGACCUCAGAGUGCCUUCAAGACGCCAUCCUCAAGGUCGCCGAUGGUGGCGUCGCCAGUGCUACUAUGAAGAAAAACGCAGCGCGGCUGGGGAAACUCGCCCAAAGCGACCCAGGCAGAUACGUUGCUGCAAAAGAAAUAGCUAGGAUUGCAGGUUUGGGGAAUCCUUAA